GGCGGUGACGUUUUCGUGACAACACCAGACGCCUUAAGCUGGUUUGUCCGUGUAACUAAGUGUCCCGUAUGGCAUAAUUAAUUACAUAUUGGCAUUUUGUGUAUUAAAUUAAGGCGGUGAGUGAUAUUUCAAGUUGCAGCUCGCUAAUGGUAUAAUUUUUAGUUUUAGCCAAGUAGCCAGUUAGCUUGAGUUUAUUAAACUCCGACAGGAUACAAUAACAUGAUUCAUUGGUCGUUGGUCUGAUUUGUGUUAUUUACUUUUCUGACGGCGCCUCUUUUUUUUCUUUGUUUUUUUUAUUUACACAUUAAUACUUAAGUAAAGUUGAGUAAUCGACUGACUCAAACAGGUUGGACUGGAAUCUGAAGUUGGGGUCCGAAGGUCAGAGACGGUGUUAAUAUAACCGCGGUGUGAUCGCCUCACCGGGUCAGACACGGUGCUGAUAAAACCUCAGUGUGAUCCCUCAGGCUGUAACAUGGCCAAUAUCAGCUGACCAUGGACCAUGUGGGAGUGCCAGGACAUAUAUCACAGGGCGAUGGAAAGUCAGAGGAAUGGGUUCACGAAGAAAAGCUUCAUUUUGGCAGUGGACGUUGGCACAACAUCAGUCAAAUGUCAUGUGUAUGACAAGAAGGCAACAGUCCGAGGAUCAUGCACUGUCAAGAUUGUUCCUUUGUAUCCAGAGACCGGUUGGGUGGAGAUGGACCCAGAUACACUAUGGAAAGGUUUUGUUUCUGUGGUCAAAGGAGCUGUGAAAGAUGCAGGUGUACAGAUGGGUCAGAUAGAGGCUCUUGGCAUCUCCACUCAGCGAGCCACCUUCACAACAUGGGACAGGAAAACUGGAGUUCCUUUCCAUAACUUCAUCAGCUGGCAGGACCUGAGGGCUGCAGAUCUGGUGAAAUCCUGGAACAGAUCCUGUACCAUGAAAACAGUCCACGGUGCAAUGAAGGUCCUCUACUUCCUCACCAGGCAGAAUCGUUAUCUUGCAGCAAGUCUUAUAGUCUUCUCUACUCAGCAUGUCACCUUACGCCUUGUCUGGGUCCUUACACACAAUAAGAAGGCUUGGCAGGCUGUAGCUGAGGGCAACUGCUGCUUUGGAACUAUAGACACCUGGUUACUGUUCAAACUCACAAAAGGACAUGUCCACGCCACGGACUACUCUAAUGCCAGCUCAACUGGGAUUUUUGAUUCUUAUCAGAUGUGUUGGAGUGGCUUUCUGUGUUCUCUUGUUUCUCUUCCUCUCUCUAUUCUACCUGAAGUACACGACACAAGCCAUCACUUUGGUUCCACAGACCCUUGUAUCUUUGGAGUAUCCAUUCCCAUCAUGUCAGUGAUGGCGGACCAGCAGGCUGCCAUGUUUGGAGAGUGUUGCUUUGAUGUUGGUGAUGUCAAAGUAACCAUGGGAACGGGCACUUUCAUGAACAUCAACACUGGGAACAAUCCACAUACAUCUUUAGCAGGUCUCUAUCCUCUGGUGGGCUGGAAAAUUGGCCCAGAGGUGGUGUAUCUGGCAGAGGGAAAUUCUGCAGACACGGGCACUGCUAUCAGAUGGGCCCAAGAUCUGGAUCUCUUCACUGAUGUCCAGCAGACCAGUGACAUGGCUUACAGUGUAGCCAACUCAGACGGAGUGUGUUUUGUCCCGUCAUUCAGUGGUUUGCAGGCUCCUCUGAAUGAUCCCAAAGCUUGUGCCUCCCUCAUGGGCCUCAAACCUUCAACCACCAAAUGCCAUCUGGUCCGUGCCAUUUUGGAGUCUGUUGCCUUCAGAAACAAGCAGCUUUAUGACAUAAUGCUGAGAGAAACUCUGAUUCCCAUCACCAAGAUCAGGGUGGAUGGUGGAGUUUCUUCCAAUGACUUUGUCAUGCAGCUAACAGCAGACCUACUUGGCAGGAAGGUAGCCAGACGAAAGCACAGAGAAAUGUCUUGUCUCGGGGCAGCUUUUGUUGCUGGACUUGGAGUGGGCUUCUGGAAGUCCCAGGAGGAGUUGAAAAAGCUACACUAUGAUGGCCAGACGUUCCUGCCCAAAGGAUCACCAAAGGGACUCACUAACAGCCCCAGCUGGGAGUACGUUCCGGUCCUCCAGAGCUGGGAGAGCGCUCUGAGGCGCUCCAUGAAUUGGUACAGCAAGCCUUAGCACUGCCCUCACACACAGGCCCACUUUGACCAAUAAAUACAUGGGGUUGAGUC